AUGAAUCUCAUGGAUAUGCUCUCGGGGGAGGCACGAGAUGAUAUCUACCAGACUAGUGACAUGCAAUUAGUAUUAGAUGAGAAUGAUCCAUUAACUGAAUCUACGAAUAUUGUUAUUACCCAACCUGAAAAUGGUGUAUACUAUUUACCUUCUGUCCUCACUCAAUUACAAAAGGAUUUAAUGGAGACUGUACUUCAUAUAUUUAGCUUAGAUUUGCUUGAUGAAAUUCGUACAAAAAGAGAAAGGAGUAGUAUAAAUAGUUUGCUCGAUAAUACAGUACCUGAAUUCGAUGCAAUGAAUGAUACGAAUAAUGAAUCUAUGAAUAAAUAUGAUAAAGUAAGCCUAUUAUUUGAACAACUAAGACUCAUAACAAAACAUCCAUCUUUAUUAGUUGAUCAUUUUAUGCCUAAGAAGUUAUUGUUACUGGAAGUCAAUGAAAGAUUGGCAAGUUUAUCAGGAAAAUUUCAAUUAUUUAAUAGACUUCUUGAUUCAUUUAUUGAUAACAAUAGUCUGAACCACAAAAGUAUAAACAUUGGUGAUAAAGAUUUUCAUAUAUUGGUUGUAGCGGAAAGCGUCAAGGAAUUAGAGCUUAUAGAAGGGUUAAUUAUUGGAAAGAAGUUGCAUUACAACAAUUUGAGUAGUGAAAAACUAUACAACGAUAAUAGCGGGAAGCAAAAGUUUAAGCGGGAAGUAGAUAAUAUAGAUGAUGAUUCUCGCAGAAAAAGGAAGCACCACUCAUCAGCAACACAUACAAAGAAAAAUGGCCAUUCACUUUGUUUAUCAUUAGCAACAUCACAACAAUUGUACAAUAAUUACUCAGGUUCGUUUGAGAAUCUGCAAAUUAAUCUAAUAUUUUCAUUUGAUUCAAACAUUGAUACUCAAAGUCCUAGUAUGGGACUCAUAAGGUCCAACAAUUUGCCAAACAGACCAGACACAUUAUUGGGAUCUGAUUCGAUUACGCUAAAAACUCCUAUUUUUAUACCAAUAUUAAAUUUUUCAAUCGAACAUAUAAUACUUCAAAUGCCACAGAAGAAGGGUAAUAAUAAUUUCAACUUGAAUAAUAAUACCACUAAUAGCCCAAUUUAUAAAUGGAAACUUCAAGUGUUGAACUCCUUUGCUGUUAAUAGACGCGAAGCAUACGAGGAUAAUGAUCAUGACUUCUUUUUAGAAAAUUAUGGUAGUAAUAUGUCAUUAUUGUCUGAAUGGUUUUAUAAAUGGGAUAUUAUGAGAUUUCCGUUCGAAGAUAACAAUGCAUUGACGAAAUUUAAUGAUAGAUUGAAAUUGAACUUUACUGAUGAUCAACUAGCGAGGGAGCUUCAAGUUAAUUAUUUGUAUAAAUUUGGCUAUUUCAUUGAGGACCUACACAAAGAUGACAUGGAAGUUGAUGAAAGCGUAAAUAAAAUGAAAAUUGAUCACGAACAUUACAAACUAGAAGUAUUUAACUACAAAACGUUCAAAUCAAAAUUUGCUCUGCUCAUAUACGACCGCGUAUGCCAGAUUGAACGAGCAAUUGAUAUAAAGCAUAAGAAAGUGUUGCCUUCAUUGAGACUAGCUGAAAGCUUGAGACAGUCAACAAUCGAUGAAGAUGAGGAUGCCAUUAGUAAUAACUAUAGAAAAUUAAGAAAAUUAAAUGACGAGGCAAAUCUUGCUGACAAGAAGAUGAGUAGAGCUGAAUCUGACACGGAAAAGUUUCAAGAACACAAAUUGCAACUGGAAUUUAAGGUUCAAUUCUUGCGUAAUAACUUGGUAGACGAAAUUAGAGCGGAGGAAGAGUUAGUUAAGACAUUAUCUUCACAAGAAAAGCUAAUUGAGGAAUUGAAUAAAGAAUUAGAAAAUACAACCUCAGAGUAUGAAAGGUUAUGCGAAGAGAAUAAUGCAAUGAGUGUAAAGUAUCAGAAUAGUUCUGCGGAUGCGGUUCAAUUAUCUUCUAAAUUAGUAGUUCUAAAAGAUGCAAACACCAAAUUAGAAGGAAAAUUAAAUGGUGCUGGUAUACAGCUAUUACCUUCGUUAAUAAAUAAGGAUGAGCUUAUAAAUCAUGAGGUGGAGUUGAAUAAAUUGAAGAAGGAGAACGAAUUCAUUUUACGUUUCUUCGAUGAAAAACUAGACAAGUUAAUUAAGGAAAGAACCUCAUUAAUGGAAAGUACGUCCAAUGGCUCUAGUAGCAGGCCUACUAAUAGAAUAAGUAGAGCCUCUACGCCAUUUUGA